AUGUCGCUGGUAUGCAACACUGAUAUUUAUUUGUUGAUGUCGAAUCACUGUUUUCGGUGCCGGUUGUCGAGUGCAUUGUUCGCGACGCUUCAUUAUCUCUCUUUUUCUCUCUCACUCACUCCCUUUCCCACUCUCUCUCUCUUUCUAUCUAUCAGUCUCAAAUUGUUUCUUUCUAUCUUUCUAUCUAUCUCUCUACCCCCUCUCUCUCUCUCUCUCUCUUUCUAUCUAUCUGUCUAUCUAUCUAUGUAUCUCUCUCUAUCAUCUGUUCAUAUCUAUCUAUCUAUCUAUCUAUCUAUCUAUCUAUCUAUCUAUCUCUCUCUCUCUCUCUCUAUACAUAUAUAUAUAUAUAUAUAUAUAUAUAUAUAUAUAUAUAUAUAUAUCAGUCUGUUCAUACCUAUCACUAUCUGUUCAUAUCUAUCAAUAUAUCUAGCAAGCUAUCUAGCGAGCUAUCACAGUCUGUUCAUAUCUAUCUAUCUAUCUAUCUAUCUAUCUCAUUUCGUUCAUAUCUAUCUAUCUAUCUAUCUAUCUAUCUAUCUAUCUAUCUCAGUCUGUUCAUAUCUAUCUAUCUAUCUAUCUAUCUAUCUAUCUCAAAUUGCUCUCUCUCUCUCUCUGUCUUUGACUCUCUCUCUCUCUCUCUCUCUCUCUGUCUUAUAUUUCACUUCCUCAUCCUGA